AUGCGGGUGGUGCACUGGUGGGUGGCGGGGGCGUGGACCAGGUGUCCAGGUGGUCACAACGAACCCAACCGCUGCCCAUGUGCUGUCAUAGCAGGUGGACAACCGCCGUACAGGCAUCGCCAUCGCACAGACUCUCACUACCACCGUACCACUAGAUCUGAAGACGCGCACGCAGACGGGGCGGCUGGCCCACCACCACCACCUCCUCAGUGGUGGUGGCAGAGGAAGGCGGCGAGCAGCGCCGCGAGGAAGCAGACGAAGAUCGGCGCCGAGAGGGCGCCCGAGCCGGAGGUCGGGGCCGGGGCCGGCGCCUCGGCGGCGGAGGCGGCGGUGGCCAGCGCGGCCACGGCCACGAAGGCGGCGAUCACGGCGGCGGAGACGCGGGCCAUCGAAUCGAUGCGGACGGACGGACGACGAGGUGGCGGCGGCGCCGGAGCGGGAGCUGCUAGGGUUCUGCUGGGAGGCGGCGUGAGGAGGAAUGGGGGCUGGCGGAGGCCAUGGGGUCGAAUUUAUAGGAGGGGAGGUUUGGUAGUUCACAGCCUGGCCUGGACUGUCGUACAGGGCGGUUACGAUUAUUGA